AUGGCAUCGGCAUCGGGAAAGGUUGAGAAGGGGCACCAGCUGUACAGGGACGGCAAGUACAAGGAGGCGCUUCUCUUCUAUACGGAGGCUCUCACGGCGGCGAAGGCGAAGCCGCAGAAGAUCGCUCUUCACAGCAACCGCGCCGCUUGUUAUUUGAAACUGCACGAUUUCAAAAAGGCAGCAGAAGAAUGCACGUGGGUGCUGGAGCUUGAUCAGAAACACAGCGGAGCGUUGAUGCUGAGGGCGCAGACAUUGGUCACACUUAAGGAAUACCAAUCUGCACUUUUUGAUGUCAGCAGGCUCAUGGAGUUGAACCCUGAUUCUGAGGUUUAUCAGAACCUCGAGGCUCGCUUGAGGACGCAGUUGGUAUACUCUCUCUCUCUCUCUUUCUUGCUCUGUCCAUUGCAUAGAAAGUCGCUUGCUCCAAUUCCUGAGUGUGAGGCAGAGUUGGAAGAAGAUGAAGAAGACACAGAAGAAAAGGGAACUAGCAAAGAUGAGACAAGAGAGAAGAAGAGGGUAUUAGUAGAGUCAGCUGUCGCACCAAAAACACCCGAGGUUAGAGAAGAAAAGAGCAAGGAAGGGGGGCCAUUGUCCAAUGGGUGGCAAGCUAUCCCUAAGCCCAAGGGUCAUUCGACUCUGGAUUACGCACGUUGGGAUACAGUUGAAGACUCUUCCAGUGAAGAGGAAGAGGAUGAAGACAGCGAUGAUGACGGUGAGGAGUCUCCGCCUCAGUACAGAUUCCGUGUCAGAACCGUCGGGGUGCGUCCCGUGAAGUGA